UUCUAAACAAGAUUGGACGAAAGCCUUAAAUGACGUCAUUACGCUACACGUUGCAGCCAGUCCCAUCUUUAAAACAACGAGUUUAAAGGUACUCAUUUAGACCUGAGAAAAAUUGACCACAGGUUUACAGUACGUUAACCAAUGAGGCAAAUGCGGCCGUUGAGACGUGGAAAAUGAUGUCAGUUGUGAAAUCGAAUUCUCAGCUCCAAAAUAAACGAAGCAUCUAUCAGUGCACGAUGUCUCCAAGGCCAAAUUAGAAAUCCGAGCAACAGUAAAGGAGCAAGCAAACCCUGCUCGCCAUCAUGGUGGAUCUUACGGUGAACUUGUCAUCUAUGUGGGCAGAAUUUACUAGUAACAGCAGCAACAGCAGCCUGACUAAAGACCAGUUGCGAUUUAUUCUGACACAAGAUAUUCACGAGCGUCAUUUUGAUCGAGUAACAGAGACAGUCCUAGUCCUCUUCUAUUCAAUCUUCAUAACAUUCGGUGCUCUUGGAAAUGGCCUCGUUAUUUUCGUGGUGGUGAGAAACCCCAGUAUGCUGACGCCGCGGAACAUCUUCAUCAUCAACCUGGCCAUCUCCGAUCUGACUCUGUGCCUGUUCACCCAGCCCUUGAACUUGUACCUGCUGCUGUUCAAACAGUGGACGUUGGGACAGUUCAUGUGUAAGUUUGUCACCAUGGCCCAAGGGACAAACCUCUUCGUGUCUACCAUCAGCAUUACGGCUAUUGCCCUGGACAGAUUUCAGGUGAUUGUUUACCCUACCAAGGACAGUAUGAAGAAAUUGGGCGCUGCUAUCGCCCUGAUCAGCAUUUGGCUCAUUUCCUUCCUCAUGGCAAGCCCCGCCCUUCUCUUCUCAAUGGUGGACACAUUGCAGCCCUUGGAGGAAGUGCCUGGGGUCUACGUGUACCGCUGUCUAGAGGACAUGUCUUUGGACAUUGAGAAACGUGCGUAUUCUGUGGCUCAGAUGGUGGUCCAGUACGUUCUCCCUUUCAUCAUUCUCAGCGUGGCGCAUCUGCGCAUCUGUAACAAAUUGCGUUACCGAAUGGUCACUACACAAAACGUGCCGAAUUCUGCUGCAACCACAUCGUAUCAGCGCAAGAAAAACGAACGGAGGAGCCGACGGAAGCGGAAGACAAACCUCCUUUUGGCGGGAAUCGCCAUCGUGUUCGCACUGAGCUGGUUGCCGCUUAAUAUCUUCAACUUGCUAGUCGAUUUUAAGGGUGAGUACUUCAAAGGUCACGUGGACACAAAGUUCGUCUCAGCGAUCUGCCACAUGCUGGUCCUGUGUUCUGCGUGUCUUAACCCCGUCCUCUAUGGCUGGCUCAACGACAACUUCCGGGCCGAGUUCGUUAAGAUCCUCUGCUGCACUUGUUGUGAGAUUCUUCGCACCAAACUGCGUCGCGUCCUGUGUUGUUCCCGGCAGGCAGCGGGAGUGCCUGCCAUCACGCUCACCAAGGUCAGCAACGGACAGUCCAUCGCGCUGGACGAAGGAAUGGGGAACGGGAAGUCAAACGCCCUUACUGUGCAAUACCAGACACAGUUAACAGGGUAGGCCCGGGCCAUUUACUAAUGUUUUACACUGAAAGGAGAAGUCUAUUGGUAUCAGGUACGGACUGCAUUUUUUGGCACUUCGAUUCCUGGCAGAGCGGAACCAAUGGCUUGAUUCGGAUUAAAAAGGGUUGUGUUUGAAGCUUUUGCUGGCACAGCAACCAAUCCUGGCAUCGUGUCUUACAAGAAAGAAUCUGCGCCAUUUUUCUUCAACCCAUUGUGGAACCACACUCUCGUUCAAAGUAGAGUCCGAACUGAACCAAGUUUUAGUUUUCGAGUUACUAGCUGCUACAACGGUUAUAGACAAUGGGUGCAGCGAGGAGAUACACUGACCUGAAGGGGUAAACAAAAGGGCUGAACAAUGUGAUAUCAGGGGCUGUUGAAGAAUGCCCUUCCCAAAAGUGUUGAUUAUGAUAUAGCUUCCCUUCUGCUUUUCGUAAUGGACCAUUGGCUUUGGCUCUUUGGAACUUUUCAAGUCUCUGGUGAACCUUACCCUUUCUGGCAGUGUUGUUCCGAAGUGAACAGAUGUUAAGGGUUGCCGAAAUGUAACUUGUCGUAUUUGAUAAAGGACUAAAUUUAUUGCACUUUCAAACUGGACUUUUGUUUUUGGCACUUUUGUCUAUGCCAGAAGCUCUUUACUUUUAUUCAAUUCCAUAGAGUGUGCUCAGACAUGCUUUGUGGAAAUACAUCAGUUGACACUUAGAGUGCUUUAAAGUACAGGUAACUCCAAGAGACAUCAUACAAACUUACUGAGAGGGCAUUCAGAGAGUGUAUCUAGGGUCAGUGCGACGUAGUUAGCGGUUUCAACAGUAAUGGCUUUGUCUGGUACGGUAUGGUUUUAAAACCCUCUCUAUGUAGCAAGCUUAUUUAAGAGGCGGGUCCUCUACUUAUCACUCAUCUCCAUUGAGAGCCAGCUAAGUGGGUCUAGAAAAAUGAGAACUUCUCAGACAAACGCAGUCUACAUUUAUUAACGGAAGUGGCUCGAAUCAGGUUUGCCCUUGCCAUUAUCAUUUUCGAUAUCAACUGGUCUAAAGGUGUGUCUGUUUCAGGUUAGUUCCCAAAUUAAGAUUAUUGCUGAGACAAUAGACUUGAAUCAUAAUGUCCUAGACAAUGCACUGUCAUUGCUGCCAUUCUUUUCUCUUUUAAAAAAAAAACUUGGUUGCCUUGGUGCAUACCAUAAACGUAAAAAUGAAAGACAAAACACAAGUCUCUAUAAUAAUAGUGGAGUGCGAGUGAAACGUUCACGUCUUUGCCCUUCAUUUGGUUCCAAAUAGAGUCCAAUGGUACGCUCCACAGUGAACCAGUAAUACGUCAGGGGUGCCCAUUUUGGGGUAUUAUAAUACAAGUCUAUGACUAAGACUAAAUUGGAUUCUAGCCUACAAGUUGAUCUGUCUUUUCAGGCUACAUAGCAAAAUGUGACAACUCUGUGGUGAGUAGGCAGGUUGGGAAGUGGAGGUUUUCUCACGGAACGCUUCAUCUCCGGCCUACUUUAAAAUUCAAUAUCUGAAACUCUCGUAAUUGUCUUUGUUUCAUCAAAAUGUAUGAACCUAAUGAAGAAUAGCAAACCUGUAUUAGAAAUCGUAUGUAAAAAAAAAAA